AUGGCGAACAUGUACCCAUACAUCAGUUACCUAAGCGAGGCGAGGCACGUGUCGUCGGACUACGGGCUAUUUAGGGGAGGAGGGGAGCCGGUCAACGACGGCACGCUGGCAUACGACAACAUGAUCGAUGCGAGCGUGGAUGCGUUUGUGUGGGUUAUGGAGAAGGAAGGGUUCAGAGGGGUGGCGGUGUUGGUGGCGGAGACGGGGUGGCCGACGGUGGAAGUGAGGUUGCGGGCACGGCGACGUACUGGCAUUCAACGAGAAUGUGGUGAGGUGGGCGGCAUGGGGCGCGGAGACGCCGAAGGGCUCAGAAUGAGAAGGUCAGCGAAGAGGGUUCGAACCAGACUGUUUCCUAGGACUCGGCUAGCCUACGAGAUGUCCAACUUCGAGUGGGGCGACUUGUCGCAGAUCGGGUGCGGGGACCUGGGGAGGGAGCUGUGCGUGUUCAUGCCGGAAGGGGAAGGGAAAAAGGGGUGGUGGUGGUGCUGGGACACAGUGUUGGAAAGCAGGGAUGCCUUGUCCAUCCUGGACACGUUGGGGACCAUCGCUUACAGCGCGUAG